ACAAGCCAUUGCCAGCCGUCAGUACGACUGAAGCCGACGCAGCGAACGCAUUCGCAACGAAUACAACCAAACGUACGGAUACUAACACGGACUAACGAACAGACAUAGACACACAGUAAUAGUGACUGUAGACAAUAAAGUUGAAACAAUAAACGCGGUGCAGCAGCAUAACGUGCGCGCCUUACUUGCAAACGGCAAAUUAAAUUUUUAAAGCAUACUUUUCGGCGUUUAGUGCGGCUUAGCGAUUUUUUGCGGAUUUUUAACGCUUAUCUAAAACAUAUUUAACUGCUUUGCGGCUUAGUGAACUCGAAAUAUUUUGUGCGCGCCUGAAACGCGGCAACGAACAACUUUAGACUUCAGCUAUGGCAACUAGGCAUUUAUCAACGGCAGCGCCUUGGGCUAUGCUGCGCCUGUGGCUAGUGCUCUGCAUGACGCUGAAUGCGCUCCAACAACCACGCAUGGUUCAGGCCGCGUCCGUUGAUGCUGACGGUCCUGCCGCUCCGCCCUACGACCUGGACUCGAUAAUAAAUCAGCUUGUGUAUCCAAAUCCGGUAUAUCAAUUGCAUGCCUCCGCGCUACGCAGCCAAUUGCGCAACUUGCUACGCGAACGUCAGCUGGCCGCCGACGCCGCCGCACCAAACGACAAUGAGCAGCUUUACAACGCUGCCGUGCCGGACUAUGACUACAUCGACGAGGACAAACGUUCCGUGGCCGCCUUGGCCGCACAGGGCAUGUUACAUCCCAAACGCAGUUUGGCAACACUCGCCAAGAACGGACAGCUGCCCUCGCUGCCCGAUCCCGAUGACGCCGAACCGACAGCACAAAACGAAGACAAGCGCUAUGUUGGCGCACUGGCGCGCGGUGGCGGUUUCGCCAUCUACGGCAAACGCAACAUCGGCACACUGGCACGUGACUUUCAGCUGCCGCAAAAUGGCAAACGCAAUCUGGCAACAUUGGCGCGCUUGGGACUGCUGACCAAAGGCGACGGCAGCAAGCGCAAUUUGGCCGCUGUAGCACGUUACAACUCGCACGGACGCCAGGCCACGCUCGCACCGGCUGAGAAGCGUAACAUCGGCGCAUUGAAGGCAUCACCCGUGCAUGGCAUACAGCACAAGCGCGAUGAGGAUGAGGUCUACUUGCCGGCCAGUCUCUUCGGCAGCGACAUGGACUAUGCUGAGUUUAUGCCCAACUAUUGGUUGUAUCCCAGCUAUGCCGAUUUGGACUGGGGUGACUUUGGACGCGCACAAAAACGCUUUCUAGAUACCUCCAGGAAUCCCGAACUCUUUGGCAUCGAAAACGCGGCAUCAAGCUCUGACCCCGACUUUAUGCCGCUUAUAGGCGGCCUGGAUCCCGGCGAAGUGGAGGCGCUGUCGCAAGAGGACACGCAGGAUGUGGCCGCCGCACCGCCGAUUGGAGCACCUUAUGGGCCGCCACAACAGAAGCGUCACAUUGGCGCCGUCUACCGCUCGGGCUUCUUACCCAGCUAUCGUUCGUUGCGCAGCAUCUCCGGCAGCUUAGGCGGCAGCAUCGGCGGCGGUGGCGGCGGCCGUUUUAGUCGCUCUGGACGUGCCAGGCAAUUUGUCGAGUACUACCCCCCACACGAGCGACUGCAUCAACCCAUCGCGGCCGCUUGUAAACGCUGUUUCCUACCCUACCGCCCAGUGGUGCACUGGGGCGGUGCUGCCGGUAUACGCGGCCGCCCAAACAAUAAAUACUACGCCUACACCACCACCACCAACAACCACAACAACAAUGACAACGCCGACAAUGCCGACGCCGACGCCAGCAGCAUGCUGCUGACGAACGCGCUGCCGACGACGAUCAAUCGACCGCCGAUCGCUUACGCCUCCACCGCCAGCAACCACUACUACAACAGCGCGAGCGCGAACAACAAAAACAACAGGCCGAAAAGUCGCUUCGACAACAACAACGGAAAGAGCGCUUAUCGGGCGCGUGCGCGCUCCAUAGCCGGCGCGUCGGCGGUCGGCAAGUCACGGCACUGGGGCACGCCGCCGCGUAUAACAGCAUUGCACCGUCGCAGUUUUCGUCGACCCGUUACGAACUCCUUGGAAAAUGACGCUAACUGAAUGUGAAUGAAAAAAAAAAUAUCGGAAAAAAUCAAAAAAAAAAAAACAAAGUAUAUAUAUAUAUGACAAUAAUUAUGUUGAAGAAGGCGUGUAAAAAAUGAAAAAUAUAUAUUAGCGCAUGUCGUAGUCAGUUUUGAAGCAGAAAAUCACAAAAAAAAUUUAAAAAAAAAUUAUAUUUAAAAAAAAGAUACAAAAAUGUAUACAGCUAAACAAACUAGUGAACUAUAUAUACAUAUGAAUGCGUAAUUGCAUAUUUUAUUGUAGUUGUUAGGUUGAAAUGACAAUAAUUGUGUAUUUGAAAAAUGUUUGAAGUCAAAAAAAAUUAUAAAAAAAUAUUGAGAGAUUUUGGAGUUUUAAAGUGAGAAGACAAUAAAUAACAGAGAACAAAUUAGGCAAACACACACACAUACACACUGAAAUGUAUACGGACAGCAACGCACGAACAGCUUGUACUAUAAAUAAAAAAAAUAUCUCAAAAAAUAUAAAUUUAAAAUAAAAAUUUAUGAACAUUUAUAUAACAACGCUAUGGCAAAGUAGUUGAAUGAAGCGAAAAAGAGGAAAUGCAACAACAACAAAAAAAUAAAUAAAUAAAAUUUCUUUCAUUUCUCUCCUUACAAUAUUAUUUCACGCGCGUGUUUGUAGCGGUAACAU